AUGCAUGGAUCGCGAUCGCACUAUGAUUAUACCGUGGCAUGGAUCAGCGCGCUGCCGCUGGAGAUGGCCGCUGCGAAACAUAUGUUCGACCAGAUCCACGACAGACUACCACAGCCAUUGACUGCUAUCAACACAUAUACGCUGGGCAUCGUUGCUCAAAUGCGCUCUACCUUCCCUAGAGUCCAAUAUGGGCUGCUGGUGGGGAUCGGGGGAGGCGCGCCUAGCGAGAAAGUUGAUAUACGGCUAGGCGAUGUGGUGGUUAGUAAACCUACACGCACAUACGGCGGAGCAGUACAAUACGACUACGGCAAAACUUUGGCUGGUGGGUGGUUUGAGCAGACUGGCAUGCUCAACAGGCCUCCUGAAAUACUUCUUACCGCGAUGUCGAAGCUACAGGCGGACUUGCACUAUAAUGAGAGACCGAUAUCUAACUCAAUCCUGGAGCGGGCCCAGGUGACUGGAGGAAUUGGCUUCGGUUUCCCCUAUCCAGGCCAAGGUCAUAACCUUUUGUUUGAGUCAACGUAUGCCCAUGUGGGGUCAGACGAUAGAUGCCAGAACUGUGAUGCACUCCACCUGGUUCCCAGAACAGCCCGUGCAUCCAACGAGCCCAAGGUUCACUAUGGUUUAAUCGCAUCCGCAAACCAGGUUAUGAAGGACGGCCCAACACGCGGCAUGCUGGCACGCAAUCUCGAUAUUUUAUGCUUUGAGUAUUGGCCCCCGCGAUGGAAACAGGCGGGUGGUACAGUCCCUUCUUCGUCAAGGGGUGCCGCCAGAUACAAGAAGCCUAGAGGGGAGACUCCUCUUGGGAUGGUAGCAGCCGGUGAGCACGAUUUGAUCAUCAAAGACCUCUUGGCAACAAAUGCGGUAGACGUUGAUGCUGUUUCAAUGACGGGACAGUCACCACUUAUCAAAGCAGUGGAAAGUUACAAUGUUCCUAUUGUACGACUUUUACUGGCAGCAGGUGCGAAUCCGAACCUGGCCAGCAAGGACGGAAAGACAGCAUAUACUUACGCAAAGGAGCGGUCGUAUUUGCGUAUGAUGGCUAUCAUGAGAGGACAUGGAGCUAAGUGA